UCUGCCUCUCUCCUCUUCCCCUCUCUCAAGCACAUUGGGGUUGCUGCCUGGAGCCCAGGCUUGCUCCUAACCCAUGAAAAUUUGCCAAGUAUAAAAGCUUCUCAAGAAUGAGAUGGAUCGUGGGUCAUCCUCCCCCGAGAAGCAGGAUAAAGAGAAUUUAGUGGGUAUCAACAACAAAAAGCUCGGGGUGUGUGGCUGGGUCCUGUUCUCCCUUUCUUUACUAUUGAUGAUCAUUACCUUCCCUAUCUCCAUAUGGAUGUGCUUGAAGAUCAUUAAGGAAUAUGAACGUGCUGUUGUAUUCCGAUUGGGACGCAUCCAAGCUGACAAAGCCAAAGGGCCAGGUUUAAUCUUGGUCCUGCCCUGCAUUGAUGUGUUUGUCAAAGUUGAUCUUCGAACUGUUACUUGCAAUAUUCCUCCGCAAGAGAUCCUCACCAGAGACUCUGUGACCACUCAAGUGGAUGGAGUUGUCUAUUACAGGAUCUAUAGCGCUGUCUCAGCUGUGGCUAAUGUCAACGAUGUCCACCAAGCCACAUUUCUGCUGGCGCAGACCACCCUGAGAAAUGUCUUAGGGACACAGACCUUGUCCCAAAUCUUAGCUGGUCGAGAAGAGAUCGCCCACAGCAUCCAGACCUUACUCGAUGAUGCCACGGAGCUGUGGGGAAUCCGGGUGGCCCGUGUGGAAAUCAAAGAUGUCCGGAUCCCCGUGCAGUUGCAGAGGUCCAUGGCCGCCGAGGCCGAGGCCACCCGGGAAGCCAGGGCCAAGGUGCUUGCUGCAGAAGGAGAAAUGAAUGCUUCCAAAUCUCUGAAGUCCGCCUCCAUGGUCCUGGCGGAGUCACCCAUAGCCCUUCAACUGCGUUACCUACAAACCUUGACCACUGUAGCUACAGAGAAGAAUUCCACCAUCGUGUUCCCUCUGCCCAUGAAUAUACUAGAGGGUAUGGGUGGUUUCAGCUACAAUGACAACAAGAAGGCUCCUAACAGAGCCUGAGGGCCUCCUGC